AUGAAGAUGCUGCGGAUUCUAUUUGUCCUAAUCCUUUGGACUGAAACAUCAGCUGACCAGAGCCCAGAGCCAGGCCCUGAGUAUGCAGAUGUUGUGUUUCUGGUGGACAGCUCGGAUCACCUGGGAGCUAAGUCACUCCCAUUUGUGAGAAGGUUCAUCAGCAACGUGAUCAGCAGUCUCCCCAUAGAGGCCAACAAAUACCGCGUGGCCCUGGCCCAGUACAGCGACAAGCUUCACAAUGAAUUCCAACUGAGCACCUUCAAGGGCAAGAACCCCAUGUUGACCCACCUCAAGAAGAACUUUGAGUUCCUUGGUGGGUCUCUGCGGAUAGGAAAUGCCCUCCAGGAGGCCCACAGGACCUAUUUCUCUGCACCCACAAACGGGAGAGACAAGAAACUGUUUCCCCCCAUUUUGGUGGUCCUGGCUUCAGCAGAGUCUGAGGAUGACGUGGAAGAGGCUGCUAGGGCCCUGCGGAAUGACGGGGUGAGAAUCGUCUCUGUGGGGCUGCAGGGAGCUUCGGAGGAAAACCUGAAGGCCAUGGCCACGUCUCAGUUUCAUUUCCACCUGAGGACAGCCAGAGACCUCAGCACGUUUUCCCAAAACAUGACGCAGAUCAUCGGGGAUGUGACUCAGUACAAGGAAGGAGCAAUUGAUACUGACAUGAAAAUGUCCCCGGACUGUCAGAGAGAUUCACUUGCUGACCUUGUAUUCCUGGUGGAUGACUCAUUUGACACCAUACAAAAUUUAAGGUACCUGCAGAGAUUCCUGGAGAAUAUCACCGCUUCUAUGGAUGUGAAGGACAACUGCAUGAGGCUUGGUCUGAUGAGUUAUAGUAACACAGCCAAGACUAUUUCUUUUCUGAAAUCAGACACAACCCGUUCUCAAUUUCAGCAGCAAAUCCAGAAGCUUUCUCUCCGGCCUGGGAAAUCCAAUGCUGGGGCUGCCAUUAAGAGUAUGUGGAGAGAGGCCUUCUCAGAAUCGAGUGGCAGCAGAAGAGCCCAGGGAAUUCCUCAAGUUGCAGUCCUGAUCACCCACAGACCAUCAGAUGACCAGGUGCGUGAGGCCGCAGAGAAGCUUCGGCAGAACGAUGUGACUGUGUUUGCCAUGAGCAUCCAAGGGGCUAACAAUACUCAGUUAGAAGAAAUAGUGUCUUACCCUCCAGAUCAGAGAAUUACCAUGCUGAGUUCCUACGCAGACUUGGAAACUUACAGUACAAAGUUUGUGAAAAAGUUCCAGAAUGAAAUAUGGUCCUACAUUUCUACUCGAGCAGAACAAAUGGACCUUGAUAAAACUGGCUGUGUGGACACAAAAGAGGCUGAUCUCUAUUUCCUCAUUGAUGGCUCAGGCAGCAUCUCGACAGAGCAUUUUAAGCAAAUCAAGGAAUUUAUGUCGGCGGUGACAGAAAUGUUUACCAUUGGCCCAGACAAAGUCCGGGUUGGAGCUGUGCAGUACUCAUCUAAGAAUACAGUGGAAUUUGAUAUUGGUGUCUAUUCUAAUGAUGUUGACUUAAGGAAGGCUGUUUUCAACAUCAAGCAGCAAAGAGGUGAAACUUACACAGGGGCAGCCCUGAAUUUUAUGCUGCCAUUAAUAAAGAAGGGAAAGGAGCAUCGACCAUUUGACAUUCCCUCUUACCUCAUCGUGCUGACUGAUGGGAAGGCCCAUGACAGCGUCCUAGAACCUGCGGAGAGACUAAGGGCUGAAGGGAUCACCAUCUAUGCAAUUGGCAUUGGAGAGGCCAAUAAAGCAGAACUGCAACAAAUUGCUGGGAAAGAAGAAAGGGUUACCUAUGGGCAGAACUUUGAUUCUUUAAAAAGCAUAAAAAAUGAAGUUGUUCGCAGCAUCUGCACCGAAAAAGGAUGUGAAGGCAUGAAGGCUGACAUCAUGUUUCUGGUGGACAGUUCUGGAAGCAUAGGAACUGAGAAUUACAGGAAGAUGAAGAUUUUCAUGAAACACCUGCUAGCUAAGAUCCAAAUUGGUCCAGACAAAACCCAAAUUGGUAUUGUCCAGUUCAGUGGUGAUAGUAAGGAAGAGUUCCCACUUAAUAAAUACUUUACUCAAAAAGAAAUUUCUGAUGUAAUAGACAGAAUGACUCUUAUCAAUCAAAACACUCUGACUGGAAGUGCACUGACCUUUGUAGCCCAAUACUUCACCUACCCCCAGGGAGCCCGUCCUGGGGUCAGAAAGUUUCUCAUCCUCAUCACGGAUGGAGAAGCACAAGAUAGCGUGAAAGAACCUGCUAGAGAGCUUCGGGACAAAGGUGUGAUCAUCUUCUCUGUAGGGGUGUUCGGCGCCAAUAGGAUUCAGCUAGAGGAGAUCAGUGGGGAUGACAACUUGGUUUUCCAAGUUGAGAACUUUGAUAUUCUAAAGGCGAUAGAAAGUCAACUCGUCUUUCGCAUUUGCACUCUUUCUGAUUGUAAAAGGAUUCAACGGCUAGAUGUUGUAUUUGUGUUGGAUAAUUCAGGCAGCAUAAGCGAAGAACAGCACAAAAGCAUGAUUAACCUAACAACCCACUUGGUGAACAAGGCAGAUGUUGGCAAGGACGGAGUUCAGUUUGGAGCUCUCAGAUACUCUGACAGUCCUGAGAUUCUUUUCUACCUUAAUACGUACUCAAACAGAUCAGGAAUUAUUGAGAACCUGAGGAGACGUAGGGACACCGGCGGGAGUACCUACACUGCUAGGGCUCUCAAGCUCUCAAACGACCUGUUUAGGGAGGAACGUGGCAGCCGCAUCAAGCAAAACGUGAAGCAGAUGCUGAUUGUCAUCACUGAUGGGGAAUCCCAUGACAGAAAUCUGCUCAAUGACACAGCACUGGAAUUAAGAAACAAGGGCAUCACCAUCCUUGCAGUGGGUGUGGGACAGGCCAUUAGAGAAGAACUUGAGGCUAUGGCAGGGAAUAAGGAGAAUACGAUGCAUGUAGAAAAUUUCGACAAACUGAAAGAUAUUCAACUCUCUCUACAAGAAAUUCUGUGUACCAGUGCACCAGAGGUCUGUAACCUUCGAGAAGCUGAUGUGGUUUUCCUUUGCGAUGGCUCAUCUAAGGUAUCUGAUUCGGACUUUGCUACCAUGAAAACUUUCUUGUCAGACUUAAUUGAUAAUUUUGAUACUCAGUCAGGAAGAAUGAAAAUUGGGAUCGCUCAAUUUGGGAGCCGCUACCAGGAAAUUAUUGAUUUGGAAAGCAAUUGGAAUAAAACCCAGAUGAAGACUGAAAUUGAAGCUACUGGCAAGAGCAGUGGAUCUCAGCGAAUUGACAUUGCUCUUCAACAUGUGAGAUACAUGUUUGACUCAUCUGCUGGUGGGAGAAAAACUGCUGGUGUCCCUCAAACUUUGCUUGUUAUCAUGUCAGGGCAUCCAGCCUAUAACAUUACAGAUGCAGUCAAAACACUGAAAGACUAUGGGAUUUGUAUCCUGGCUUUGGGCAUAGGAGAUUCUCAUAAAGAACAACUUCUGCCAAUAACAGGCGAUUCUGAAAAAAUAGUCACCUUUCCAGACUUCAGUAAAUUAAAAGAUGUGAACGUGAAGAAAAGAAUGGUCCGUGAGAUCUGCCAGAGCUGUGGGAAAAGCAAUUGCUACAUCGAUAUAGUGGUCGGGUUUGACAUUUCCACUCUCCUGCGGGGGCAGCGUUUAUUCCAGCACCACCCCCAGCUGGAAUCACACCUCCCAGACAUCUUAGAGGACAUCAGUUCCAUCAGGGGGGUGAGCUGUGGGGCAGGUGCAGAGGCUCAGGUGAGCGUGGCCUUCAAGGUGAACAAUGAUGAAGAAUUCCCCCCAAAGUUCCACAUCUACCAGAAAGCAGUAUUUGACAGGCUGACACAGGUCACCAUCAAUGGACCUACUCAUCUCAACCCUCAGUUCUUGCAGUCGCUGUGGAAUACAUUUGACGAUACAGCUGCAUCUCGGGGACAGAUCCUCCUCAUCUUUUCUGAUGGUCUCCAGGAUGCUAGCAUCGAGAUGCUUGAAGAUCAAUCGGACAGGCUCAGAGAAGCAGGACUUGAUGCUCUGCUGGUGGUCUCCCUAAAUGCAACCGCUGAUGAAGAGUUUUCGAGCUUUGAAUUUGGAAAAGGAUUUGAUUACCAGACUCAUCUGACCAUUGGGAUGAGAGAGCUGGGCGAGACGCUGUCACGGUACCUGGGGAACAUUGCAGAGAGGACCUGCUGCUGUGCCUUUUGCAAGUGUUCAGGGCCUCCAGGAGCUCGUGGGAGCCGAGGACCAAAAGCCUUGAAGGGAUUUCCAGGUUUCAAAGGAAGCCGAGGACACUGGGGAGAGGAUGGAGACCCUGGAAGACGAGGAGAAUCAGGACCCCCAGGAGAGAAAGGGAUUGCAGGAUGCCUAGGGGAGAGAGGUCAAAAGGGAACCAAAGGAUAUUCUGGAUUUAAGGGAGAACACGGAGAGGAUGGGAUUGAUGGAAUAAACGGGGAAGAGGGCUUUCAUGGAGUCCCUGGAAUCAAGGGAGAAAAAGGUGACCCAGGAUCCCAGGGCAGCCCAGGUUUCAGAGGCCCCCCUGGGGGACGUGGGGAGAAGGGUUUCCGAGGGGAUCCUGGUGAUCAAGGACAAGACAGUAACAUCAAAGGACAAAAGGGCUCCAAAGGAGAACAAGGAAGACAAGGUAGACCCGGACAGAAAGGGACACAAGGCAGUCCCAGUCCUAGAGGAAGCACGGGAAGAGAAGGCCAGCAAGGACUCCCAGGUGUCCCGGGGGAGCCAGGAGAUUCUGGACUUGAUGGUGCACCAGGAGGUAAAGGAUUUCAAGGACCACAGGGGCUAAAUGGAAUUCUUGGUGAGAAAGGAGAAAAGGGAAGCCAGGGGAAUAAAGGACCUCAGGGAUCUCUGGGACCAGUGGGACCCAAAGGGAGCAUUGGGGAACCUGGACUUCGGGGCAAAAAAGGAGAACCGGGAAUUCUUGGAGAGCCAGGGCCAGUGGGGCAAACUGGACAGAGAGGAAAACAGGGAGAUUAUGGCAUCCCAGGCUACGGUCAGGUGGGACGAAAAGGAGCAAAGGGCCCACGAGGAUUCCCUGGAGAUGUGGGACAGAAGGGUGAUGUUGGCAAUCCUGGAAUAUCUGGGGGUCCCGGACCCAAAGGAUUCAGGGGACUAACACUCACUGUAGGCUUGAAAGGUGAAACGGGAUCUCCAGGAUCCCAAGGCCUUCCUGGACGGAGAGGCGCUAAAGGCGCGGCUGGGCAGCCGGAAUUUUCUCAGUGUGAUCUGAUCAAAUUCCUGCGGGAGCGCAGUGCUUGUUGGAAAGAAAAGUGUCCAGUGUAUCCAACAGAGCUGGUAUUUGCCCUGGACCAGUCCUACGGCAUCACAGAAGAGAGAUUUAAUGAAACAAGGGACACCAUCACUUCCAUUGUCAAUGACUUGAACAUCAGGGAAAAUAAUUGCCCUGUAGGAGCGAGAGUUGUUGUGGUUUCCUAUGACUCAGACACCAGCUAUCUCAUCCGUUGGUCCGACUAUCAUAGCAAGAAGCAACUCCUCCACCUUCUUUCCCAAGUGAAAUAUCAAAUCCCCACACAGGCCCAAGACAUCGGCAAUGCAAUGAGGUUUGUGGCCCGGAAUGUAUUCAAGCGGACGUACGCGGGAGGCAACGUGAGGAGAGUUGCUGUGUUUUUUAGUGUUGGCCAAGCAGCCAACAAGUCGCCCAUCAUCACGGCCACCAUGGAGUUUAGUGCCCUUGAUAUUAGUCCAACCGUCUUCACUUUUAACGAGAGAGUUUUCCUUGAUGACGCUUUUGGGUUUGACAACACUGGAACGUUCCAAGUGAUUCCAAUUCCACCAGAUGGGGACUAUGACCCAUUAGAAAGACUUCAGCGCUGUUCACUUUGCUAUGAUAAAUGUUUUCCAAAUAUUUGCCUCAAAGAGGUUUCUUUACCUGAAAAUUCAUACAUGGAUGUAGCCUUCCUCAUAGACAAUUCUCAAAAUAUAGCAAAUGAUGAGUUUAAAGCCAUGAAGGCAUUGGUGAGCUCAAUGCUUGACAACUUCGACAUUGCUGCAGACCCUUUAGCUUCAGACUCUGGUGAUAGGAUUGCCUUGCUGAGCUAUUCUCCUUGGGAUGAGAGAAGGAAGAGUACAGUGAAAACGGAGUUCAAGUUUACAAGUUAUGGCAACCAAGUCCUAAUGAAGAGGUACAUCCAGGAUUCCCUCCAACAGCUAAAUGGAGAAGCCACCAUUGGCCGUGCCCUACUAUGGAGCAUGGAGAAUCUCUUUACAGGAAUACCCAAAUUAAGAAAAUACAAGGUCAUCUUUGUGGUCUCAGCUGGAAAAAAUCUUGAACGGAAGGAAUUCUUGAAGAAGAUGGCUCUGAGGGCCAAGUGUCAAGGCUAUGUCAUAUUUGUGAUUUCCCUGGGUUCUACACAUAAGGAUGACAUGGAGGAGUUAGCCAGCUACCCACUUGAACACCAUUUGAUACAGCUUGGGAGGAUUCAUAAACCACAUCUGGAUUAUAUUGUGAAGUUUAUUAAGCCAUUUGUAUACUCAGUCAGACGAGGAUUUAAUCAGUAUCCACCACCAAUGCUUGAGGAUACCUGUAGACUCAUCAGUGCAGAAGGAGAGGAUUUUCAAAACGGCAACCUCCAAUUUAUCGACAAACCACAUGAGAUGUCUUCAGGAGAGAACGGCUUCUUUGAGGUGGAAUUAAGUGCUGGGAGAGACUCAUCUUUUGUGUUGGAGGACAAUAGAAGUGGCCAUUUGGUUUAUAUUCCGAGCGAAAUAGUUAAGCCACCGAAAUUAUUUAUUAAAUACGAAAAUGAUCAGGUUCCUGAAGAAAUGGCAAGUCUCACUUCUGGACAUGAAAAUCAUGGCAGGAAAGAAGAGCCAGGUCCUGUUUACGAACCUGAAAAUGCCUCUCUUCAAGACUCUUACAUGGAUGUGGCUUUCCUCAUAGAUGCUUCACAUAGAGUAGGACGUGAUGAGUUUAAGGAAGUGAAAGAUUUUAUAAUCUCAGUGCUUGAUUACUUUCAUAUUGCCCCAGAUCCUCUGACCUCCAUCUUAGGAGAUAGAGUGGCAGUCCUAAGCUACUCUCCUCUGGGCUACAUGCCCAACACUGAAGAAUGCCCAGUCUACCUGGAAUUUGAUUUGGUUACUUAUAACAGUACAUACCAAAUGAAACAUCAUCUCCAAGACUCUGCUCAACAGCUUGAUGGAGAUGUUUUUAUUGGCCAUGCUCUGCAGUGGACAAUUGACAAUGUCUUUGUAAGAACUCCCAACCUGAGGAAAAACAAAGUUAUCUUUAUAAUAUCUGCUGGUGAAACCAACCCUUUAGACAAAGAAGUCUUAAUGAAUGUAUCUCUGAGGGCCAAGUGUCAAGGCUACUCCAUAUUUGUGUUUUCCUUUGGUCCUAUACACAAUGACAAGGAAUUAGAAGAGUUAGCCAGCCACCCAUUGGAUCAUCACUUAGUCCAGCUUGGCCGAACCCACAAGCCAGAUUACCACUAUAUCAUCAAGUUCAUCAAGCCAUUUGUCCAUUCAAUCAGAUGUGCCAUCAACAAAUAUCCCCCUGCAGAGCUGAGACCCAAGUGUGUUAACAUCACCUCUCCCAAUCCAGACAAUGUUGGAACAGAAAACACUGUCUCCCUUCUUCCUGAGGUGUAUGAAAUAGAAUCAGAAAACAGUGAACGAUUUGGUGAAUCGGAUUCCCAGGAGCACCAUUUCCUUGUGUUAGGGAGCAAUCAUAGUGAUGGUUCUAGGACCACUACUGAUUUAAUCCAGAAGUUAUACAUGCUCUUUGCAACUGGGGAAUUGAUGAUGAAUGACAACGAAGAGGCACAUUCAGAAGAAAUUACAGCUUCAGAGAAUCAUAAACAAAGAAGAAAUAAAGGUAACCUUGAGUACAACAGAGUUAUGAAGUACCUCAGUUUGUUUAGGUUUUCUCUGGUGAAGGAUGCGCAAUGAGAACUCACUGAGAUAGACAGAGAUGCCAGGAUAGAAAUGAAAGAGGG